AUUAGUUAAGGGCUCUGCAGGGUCUAAGAAAAUGAGAAGGAAGCGUCCAAGGGCUUUGGGAAGUCUUCGCAACCCUGUUCCCCAACAGGGUUCCACACUGUAUACUUUGCCUGUCAGUGUUCCUCUCAUCCCUUCUCAGCCGGCCAACCUUCAUCUUCCUGUUCCUGUCAACCCGCUUUCUGUUUUCUACCCUACCACAUUCCCUUCUCUGAGGAACACUUCCAACUUCCCCACCUUAAUGAUGGCUAUGCCCAGCUCCUCCUCUCUCGCCAAAACUCCCUCCAACUACCCUGUUCUCUCUGCUUCCCCUUCCUAUUUGUCUACCCUCAUGACUACCUCUCCUGAAAGAGUGCCAAGGGAUAGUGGCCUCCUUUUGGUUUCCUAUCCGAAAGGUAGAGGCCUUCAGCCAGUCAGGGUACCAGGGAAAUCAGAGCCGGAGACAAAGACUGGGAGUCAUAAAGUUAAGGGGAGCCAAGACCUGUUUAAGCUUUGUGCCUUUAUUCAAGGAACCUGAAAUGCUAAGACUACAAGAUUCUCAAGUAACUCCAAGACCCAAAGUGCCAUCUCUGUCUACAAAACUAAAAUAUGACACCCAGGACAAGAUGAUUAUUAGGGAUGCAGCAUACUUCCUUCCAUGUAGCCAUCCUAUGUAUUAAACAAAGUGGUCACCAUUCACAGAAAUAAAUUAUUCACUUGCAAAUAAA